CCGAACUGCGAUUGGCAGCCGCGCUACCUAAUGACGUCAAUGGAGAGCGACGGUCUCCGGUUUGUGUACCCGCCGCGGAGAUAACAGCCGCGUCGAUUGUGUUUUGCCUUCCCCCUCUCUCCUCCGCGCCUCGUUGUCAUGAGCGUCGGAGGGGAUCCUCAGGCUGGGAUGAUGCAGCUCUGUCAAAACAGCUGGGCGGUCAGGUGAACACAACAGGAGCCUAUUUAAAAACGUUUUUUUUAAAACACAGGGGUUUUACAAAUUAGGGUUUGGGACGUGGACAUGCUUUUAUUGGGUGGUUGGAGUAAACAUGGAAUUGUUAUUUAAACAGGCACACAGAUUUUUGAUCCACACACAUGGAUCAAAAUGUGUGCUUGGGUUUAUGUAGAGCGCAUAUGCAACCAAAUCUCAACCCAUGUAACUCUGAAAUUGUUACUGUAUAUUUAUACAGCUGCAGCUGUCCUUAAACUGGUUUCAAUGGCUUGAAUAGUUUAAUAUUCAGUAAUUAAAGGGGAAUUAAUAGCUCUUUAAAUUCUGCUCUGUUUCCAAGAUGACUGAUGCAGUGUAGCAUGAGCUGGAAUUUAUGUCGGCCCUUUUGGUGGCACACCACUAGUGGGUUGUGCAUUUGCCUCUAAAUAGCUACACCACCACUAUCGUAUCACUAUUACCGGUAUAUAAAGCAUCAAUAGUACACAAAAACGCAAUCCAGCCGCAUGUCACUGUACCAUUUGCAUUAUCACGAGAGGUUCAGAAUGAGUAAUUAUCUAAUAACAGAAACUCAGCUUUUAAAUUAAAUACAUCAUACCCAGUAUCGUUGCAAAUUAUUAAAUCACAUCACUACAGAUGUGGUUGAACAUGACUUGCUGUCACCACCCAAUUGGAGAAUGGAAAAAUGUCCUGUGAGGAUGAAUAAGUAUUCUGAUUGGUUACACAGUGACGUGGGCCAGCACUACAUAUUGUGAAGACCCUGGACAGAUUAGAUUGACAGGUACCACAUAUGAGUUUGAAAUCUGAUAGGAUCAAAAAACAAAUCUAACAUCUACUUACACAACAGGGAGCAGUGCGACCAAGAGAAAUGCGAAUAGGCUGCUGGGCAUGGAACAAAUCUUAGAAUUUAGGUUGUAAAUGUUGAUCAGAGAUUCUGAUAGUGUUUAGCCUGGCAGAGAAGGCCUAGCUGGCCAUGACCUACCACAACAACAGUGCAGUAAGUUUAUAAUGUCUUAGACAGUAGCUCCAGUGAUACCCAGUUCCGGUGUUAAUGGGGUCACACUCGUCAGCACCAGAAUUGACCGUCCAGUCAGUUCUACGCUAAAACCGGCCCCUGACCCAUGACGGAGUACUGCGAGGACGGGGGGCUGCUGUAUGAGCAAUCUCCUCCCAUGCACAUCAAAGUGGAGUCUCCCGAGGGACACUCCGCAGGGGGGGCUUCCGACAACGGCUUCCCCAGGGAUGACGACGACUCAGAGGGCAGCUGUGACCAGAGCAGUGGACCGCACGGGGGCCUGCCCUUCAAUGUGGUAGUGGUGCACCCCAAACUCAUGGCGCCCGGCAUGUCCUCAGAUGACCUCUUGUCCAUUGAACAAAACAGAGCUAUGUCCGCUGCACUGGCUGCCAACGGCGCAGGCAAAAGAAAAAGUCGCUUCAGUGGCGCAGAGCUGGAGGUGUUGGUGUCCGAGGUGACGCGGUAUGAAGGAGAGCUGUUCGGCCCGGCGGGGAGGCUCCGCCGACGCGAAAGGGAACGCAUAUGGGCGGGAAUCCUGGAACGCGUCAACGCCGUGUCCAGAGUCCCGCGUACGCUUCGGGAGGUCAAAAAGCGUUGGGAUGACCUAAAGAGGCGCAAUGGCGGUCGGCUGGCGGACGCCCGCCACCGAAGCUGGUCUCUGCCCUCCAGCAGAGCGACCAUGCUCGGACAGUCUUCCCAGUCCAGCCCCAGGCUUCAGCAUGGCAAGCAGAAGCAAAACUCCAGACCAAAGCCCACUUUCACGUGCUUUCCUGAGUCGGACACAGGUUUUGGAGGAGAUGGCUCCGAGAAGGAUGCCUUGGACAAGGAUGAUGACAAUCCAGAGCACGAUAGAGAUGUUGGGGUUCCUGACUGUGAAGAUGAAGACAACAGCAUGGAAGACAAACUAGGCCUCGGAUUAGGUCUGGGCAUCGGCGCCCCUCCGACCUCAGAACGAUGGCUGCCUCCCUCCCCGCUGUACAGCGCCCCUUUUCUCAACGGCAGCCCGGAGCCCAGCAGUCCCCAGCCGUCGCUCGGAGCACAACAGGGACCUCUGGAAGCCCCGCCGCGCGGCUCCUGGCUUGAAGAUGAGCUACGGGGACUGGGAGAGGCAGCGAUACAGCUCGGAAAUCGCGUAGACAAAAGUUUGCGGGAAUUCGCCGACUCUUUCCGACAGGACAUGAGAACACUCGUCGCAUCGCAAGAGGCGUUGGCGCUCAGUCUCCAGCAAAACAACGUCCUCCUGCAGAGGCUUUUGGGCGUGCUGGAGGCGCAGCAGCAGCAGCAGCAACAACAACAACAUCACGUGCAACAAACGCAGUACUCGCAGGUAUCGCAGCAACAACACGUCGAACAACAUUUACAGCAACAGAUUGAAGGACCACAGCACACGGUACAACAACAGAAACGACAUCAGGUCCAGCUCCCUCGGCAUUCUGGCAGCCCUUCUCCUGGAGCCAUGGUUCCUUCCCCGUCGUCACCCGACCUACAAGCCACGUUUCCCUCGCAUCCACCCACAGGCGUGAACGGGUGCGCGCAGAAACCGCGGCGAGGAAGAGCUUUCGAUCACAGGCGCAGGAGACGACGCUGAGGACAGGAGGGACCGGGUGACAGUUAAAAGCACACACUUUGCAUACUUGAUCAGUAAGGAUGUGACAGUGAAUCUUUUUUUUUUCUAUCGCUAUAGUAUUUGGAGUUUUGCUUCAGAAAUACCAAUUGCACUUGAAAGUUGUCCUUAGAAAGAACUAUUAGACGUCAGCUUAUAGGGUGGCCUUAAAUUCAACUGUACAUAUUCUUUAUGCUAUUAAACCUCCUGACGACCGUCAUCGAGUUGAGAAACAACUCGACCACUUAAGACAUACUUGCUCCGUGUCUAGAAUAUACUCGAGGUGCUGGUGUUUACGUUCAUGCUUUUCAAAAGAGCUUGUACUGUAUUAACAACAUUGUCAUGUAAUGAAAUGUCUAACUUUUGGAGAGUAGUAUGGUUAACGGUUAGGGCUUAACAGUUUCGAAAAAUAAUGUUACAGAAUUUUUUUUUCCCCUCUCAAUAUUUCAAGGUCUUCUUGACGUGUAUUUUUUUUUCAACAAACAAGCAAUUUAAGCAAAUUAAUCUGUAAUAUCAGAUUUAUUGCACUUGGUCUGAGAGGUUAACUCCACUCAACUGUAUUUAUAACAACCACCGCUGUAUAGAAAGUGCUGUACAUGGAGCAAAAAUAAUUCAUACAAUAAGCAAUUAAACAAUAAUAAAAAUAACAGUGCAAUACACAAAAACAGUAAAACUAGAAAUCGAGUCUCAUACCGAGUAAAAAUCCAAAGAAUUAAGAUGAGCAGCGAGAGGGCGCUUGCCUAACGUUUAGUGGGAGGUCAUUCCAAAAGAGGGACCAGCAACGGAAAAGGCUCAAUCCCCUCUGCGCCUCCGCUUAGUUCUUGGUAUGUACAGUGUAUUGUGUAUAGUGGGCCAAUGAAGGGAUGCCAGAGUAGGCGUUAUGUGCUCCCUCUUAUGAUUACCAAUCAUGAGGCAAGCAGCAGUAUUUUGGAUCAACUGGAAACUCUUAAUGGAGGAUUGGCUGACUCCAAAGUAAAAUGCAUUACUGUAAUCCAGACGGGAUGUGACGAAGAAAUGAAUUACCGUACUGUUUCAAAGUGUCCUUGAGAAAGGAGAGGAUUUACUUUAGCCAGCUCCGUAAGAUGAAAGAAGCUGGAUUUUACAGCAGCAUCAAUUUGCCGGUCCAACUUAAAAUCACUGUCCAUUUUAAGACCCAAGUUCGAGACUGUUGGCUUAAGAUAAGGAGCCAGGGGGCCCAAGUCCGCAGGAUUGAAUGUACAAGGGCCACUGGAACCAAACACCAUCACUUCUGUUUUCUUUUGACUGAAAUUCAAGAAAUUCAGUGCCAUCCAGGUCUGGAUUUCCUCUUGACAGGAUAAACGUGGCCUCAGCGAAAAAGCAUCUUUUGAAUGAAUGAAAGAAAGAAAUAAAUAAAGCCUACCAACAUGAUGCAGUUUUCUUCCACAUUGCAGCCUUUGCGAUUUGAAAAUUGCAUUUGAUGACAUUGUGACUGUCAACUUGAAUUCGAUUUAUUGUUCAGCCCUAAUAUAAACAACCAUACUACUCCCAGAAAUAUGAGAAUAUUCAGCUUUCAGGUGAAAUUUCAUAAUGAACCUCGAGUGCACUCUUAACUUUUUCAGGUGAACAUAAUUAGACCUUUUCUGAAGUUUUCAGUGCACAUGUUAAACUAUUUAAUGUUUCAUAUCGAUUGUUCAAUUUUUGACAACAUGAGACCACGAUGACCCCUAAAUAUUGAUGAGCAGUACCUUGCCAUGGUGAGGGUUUAAACAGAGUACGGGGAAAUGACCAUGAGCUUUUGAGUUCAUAACCAGUUUGCAACAGAGACACUGCAGGAGUCACAAAAAGACCUAGAAAUCGAUUAUCUGUCCAUUCAUGGAUCAAACACCUGUUAGGGAUGUUGCCAAUAAACUGCUUUUGAAAUGUUAUCAGUAUAAUGUUCACCUGUAAAGUUGAGAGCGCCAUUCUGAAAUUUCACCAACCAGCCCAAUAUGCCUCACUUUUUGUGCGAAUUUCAACUGCUAUUGUAACUACAUGCCUGUGUUUUAACAGUUUCAUGGUGAAUACUUUUUCAGCUUUGGCAACACAUUAAAAAUGUGUUGAUUUCAAUGCACUCUGAGAAAUUAAAAAAAGCAGCCGUUUUUGCUCGUAUGCACCAUCAAGAAAGGCUUGAGGCUUUCACAUCACAGUCUGCUCGAGUCAAAUUUUUAGGGUGGAAAUACAGCAUACUGUACAUAAAUAUGUAGGGCAAUUAUACACCUGCAUGCAGUGCAAUUUGUGUGUAGAUUGUUGUCUAUAAUUGCAUAUUGCUAUCAUAUUUAUAGUUUUGCAGGAGGUAUAUUUUGUAGGUAUAUAUAAUGUAUUAACACACAAAUAAAAGUAAGACUGGUCGCUCACCUGUGGAGUUUGCAUGU